AUGGGGGAAAUCUCUCUGUCCAUAGCCAGGGAGCCAGCACAGCAGGAUCAAAAGCCGCCCCAGGAUGACCCUUGGACGUUUUCCUGCCUGGCAAUGGCCCUGACGCUGCUUCUGUUAGUCCUGAUCCUUGGUGCAGUCACCAAGGGUCUGGCAGACACUGGACACAAACGGGACAUCAUUCAGGGAGAAAUAUUCCGGCAAGUGGAGGCUGUGAGGGCAGACAAUGAAUCUUCCUGUGAGCCCUGCCCAAAGAUCCGGAUGGCAUUCCAGGGCUCCUGCUAUUUAUUUUCCACCUACAAACUCCCCUGGUUCGAAGCCAUGGAUCACUGUGCUAAGGAGGGUGCUCAGCUGGUCAUCAUCAACAGCCAAGUAGAGCAGAAAUUCCUGAGUCUAAAAGAAGAUUUCCUAUACUGGAUUGGCCUCAGGAAAGAGUACUCAAAGGAUAUUUGCAAGUGGCAAGAUGGCUCAGCCCCUACCUUCAUGUGA